AGGCACUGAGCAGAGAUCAACCUCAUACUUUCUUUUCUUUUUCUACUUUUGUCAUAGAAAUUCUUCCUCUAAAUCAAAGAAGGUCAUCGGUUAUGGCUUCUUUUCAAUCUUUCUCUUCACCACUUGCAUUCAAAUUUCAAUUAGGAAUAAUAUCUUUGUAUCUUGUUGGAAUAGCUUCUGCUCAGCUAUCUCCUACUUUCUAUGCAACAGCAUGCCCUAAUGCCCUUUCCAUCAUUAAGUCAGGUGUGACUGCUGCAGUGUCUACUGAGGCUCGCAUGGGGGCAUCCUUGCUUCGUCUUCAUUUCCAUGAUUGCUUUGUUAAUGGAUGUGAUGCAUCGGUGUUGUUGGAUGGGGCAUCAGGAGAGAAGUCAGCACCUGCUAAUACUAAUUCUAUAAGGGGCUUUGAAGUUAUUGACUCCAUUAAAACUCAACUGGAAACUUCAUGCCCUGGUGUCGUCUCUUGUGCUGACAUCUUAGCCGUCGCUGCUCGAGACUCUGUUGUUGCUUUGGGCGGACCUAAUUGGAAUGUUCAGUUAGGCCGAAGAGAUUCAGCCACAGCUAGUCUUAGUGCUGCUGCUACCAACUUACCUUCCCCAUUUUCUGAUCUCACUGUUCUCAUCUCUAAUUUCUCUAGCAAAGGUUUCACUGCUAAAGAAAUGGUGGCUCUCUCAGGAGCUCAUUCAAUCGGCCAAGCAAAAUGCUCAGUGUUUCGAACCCGGAUUUACAAUGAAACGAACAUAGAAACAGCAUUUGCAACAUCAUUAAAAGCGAAUUGUCCCAGCACCGGAGGUGACAAUAAUCUUGCCAAUCUUGACGUGACCACCCCAAAUAUUUUUGAUAAUGCUUACUUCAAGAAUUUGUUGAGCAAAAAGGGUCUUCUGCACUCUGAUCAACAACUCUUUAAUGGAGGUUCUACAGAUGCUCAAGUCAAAGCUUAUAGCUCCAAUCCAACUUCUUUUAGUGUAGAUUUUGCCAAAGCAAUGGUGAAGAUGGGAAACCUUAGCCCACUUACUGGCACAAAUGGUCAGAUCAGGACUAACUGCAGGACGGCCAAUUAGUCAAAUUAAUAAUGCCUAUUUCAGUUAGUUCCCCAGUAGACGUUCAUGUAUUCAGUUGUUACUUUUUUUUUUUUUCCUUUCGUUUCAUUUGUAUUUUCUGGAACAGUACAGUUGGUAUGUGGUUCGAUGUUAUACAUAGCAUCACUGCUUUACCUAUGAUAACUGACAAUUCGAGAGCAUUGUAAUAGGUUAUUUUAUAUUUAAAUAUGUUUAAUGGAAAAAUUAAAUUGGAAUAA